UCCACAGCUCCAAAGUGAAAAACUAAAUGGCCCCUGGUAGGAGUUCAGCGCAGAUCCAUAGAAGAACACCACAAGUGGAUGAAAACGAGCAGCCUUUAAUCCAGAAAGGAUUUCUCUUCUCUGUGAUAAGAGUCUACUAACCACGUGUAAGGACCACUGGGAGUACAAGAAACAAGUCGAGGACUCUUUCACUCCCUCCCUACAGCCUUCAGGAAGAUGAGAAUGAAAAACUAAAGCUCUGAAUGCAUACCAGGGAAUCGUAAAAACAGACUGUGUGUAUUUGUGUGCGACUGUGUGAGAGGAUCCAGCGACCAUGUGGACAUUCGCUGUGACUGUCCAGUGCCUUAUGGCCACUGCACUGCUAUUGGCUUGCUCCAUCCCGUCAGCAGCAACCACUGAGGAUGAUGUCACACCGCGCAUCAGUUUCUCAUACAAUGCAAAGGAGAGGUCAGCCAAGAGAUUCUCUGUGGACGGGGUCUUCAAUUACACCUCCCUGCUGCUCAGCCAGGAGGACGACAUGCUGUACAUCGGAGCCAGGGAGGCGCUGUUUGCCCUCAGCCUCUCGGACAUCAGCAAGACCAAGCUGCAGAAGAACCUGACAUGGGGCACUCCUGCUGGAAAGAGAGAGGAAUGCAGCUUCAAAGGGAAGAACCUGGAGACUGACUGCUUCAAUUACAUCAAAAUUCUUCUACGCCUGAAUAGCACCCAUCUCUACAUAUGUGGCACCUUUGCUUUCAGUCCUAUCUGCGCCUACAUAAACACGUCAACAUUCACACUGGAGAGAGAUGAAGUGGGCGAGGUUGUGAUGGAAGAUGGGCGCAGUCGCUGCCCCUUUAAUCCAGAGUACAAAUCCACUGCCAUCAUCGUUGAUGGUGAAUUGUACACUGGCACCGUCAGCAACUUCCAAGGGAACGAGCCUGUCAUUUACAAGAGUUUGGGUCAGGGAACUGCACUGAAGACUGAAAACUCUUUAAAAUGGCUGCAAGAUCCCAUCUUCGUCGGGUCGGCUUACAUCGAGGAGAGCCAGCCAGUAGGCAACUCCAUGGGCGACGACGACAAGAUUUACUUCUUCUUCAGUGAGGCGGGCAAAGAAUUUGACUUCUUCGACAACACCAUUGUGUCAAGGAUUGCUCGCGUGUGUAAGGGUGAUCAGGGAGGCGAGCGGGUGCUGCAGAAGAAAUGGACCACAUUCCUGAAGGCCCAGCUCCUGUGUUCCCUCCCUGAUGACGGCUUCCCCUUCAACAUCAUCCAGGACAUGUUUGUCCUGAAGCCUGUGGGAGACAGCUGGGAGAGCACUGUGUUCUACGGCGUCUUCACCUCACAGUGGUAUAAAGGGGCGUCGGGCAGCUCAGCGGUGUGCGCCUUCACCAUGGCCCAGGUGGAGAGAGCCUUCAGUGGGCGCUACCGAGAGGUGAACAGGGAGACCCAGCAGUGGUACACCUACAACCACCCAGUGCCAGAACCACGGCCUGGAGCAUGCGUGACGAACCAUGCCAGGCAAAUGGGUAUCCAGUCUUCCUUGCACAUGCCCGAUAAAGUGCUCAACUUUGUCAAGGACCAUUUCCUGAUGGACAGUGUGAUCCGCAGCUCGCCCCUGCUGCUGAAGCGCAGCGUGCGCUACACACAGAUCGCCGUGCACAAGAUCCAGGGCAUGGAAAGAGCUUAUGACGUGCUCUUCAUUGGAACUGAUGAUGGAAAGCUUCAUAAGGCCAUCAAUGCCAACGAUAAGAUGCACAUCAUAGAGGAGCUGGUUCUGUUUCCCGAGCCUCAGCCGGUGCAGCACAUCGAACUGGAUCCUCAGAGGGGUCUGCUGUUCAUUUCAUCUGACUCUGGCCUGGUGGAGGUUCCUGUGGCCAACUGCUCCAACUACCUGAGCUGCGGAGAGUGCGUCUUAUCCAGAGACCCUUACUGCGCCUGGACCGGGCGGCUCUGUCGUGACGUUAGGAUGGCUCCACCUGACAGCCGCUGGCAGCAGGACGUGGAGGAGGCCGAUACCGCAGCCAUUUGCAACAAGACGUCUCCCAACGCCAGAUCGGCCAGACCGGCGGCUUCCCGUGGCUUCUCCUGUCAGCUAAUCACAAUCCCAGCCAACACAUUCAAAGUCCUGCCCUGCAAGCUGCGCUCCAACCUGGCACAGAGGGGGUGGCGUUACAGUGACAGUGCCAGCCAGUUCGUCUACGCCACUCCAGAGGGAAACCUGGUCGUGGUGGCUCAGCCCGACAGCCUGGAGACCUACGAGUGCUGGUCCGAGGAGGAGGGUUUCCACCAGCUGUUGGCCAACUACUGUGUGAGGGCGGAGCCACGGCAGGAGAGCACCACUAUGACUGUCCACUCUCGCACGCCACACGUCAAGCAUGAGGAGAUCAUCAGCGAGUCUCGCUCUAAGCAAGUCCACACAAAGACGUACUGGAACGAACUGAUCGUCGUGUGCGCCCUGUUGGCGUUCUCCCUCGUGGUGUUCUCCCUGUUUGUCAUCUACAGGAACCGCGAUCAUAUGAAGUCUAUGCUGAAGCAAGGCGAGUGUCCCAACAUGCAGCAGAAGAAGCCGAGGAUAGUGGGGAAGCCCGCUGAGAGUUUGCCCCUCAACGGCAACACCAUCCCCGUCUCCACUUCAGAUCACAAGGGCUACCAGACGCUAAAUGACAACUACAUCUGCAGCACGCCCACACACGAGUCUUCGCCAGACAACAGCAAGAGCUUCUCCGAGGCCUCUGACCGACGGCCGCUCAACGUGAAGGAGAGCCACGUGGAAUACUCCCCCACCUGCCCGCGGCCCCGAGUGAGGCUCGGCUCGGAGAUCAAAGACUCUAUCGUAUGAGGGCGCAGCACGCGCUUAAAAGAUGCCACCCUGUGUCUCUGUGAAGGAUACAGGCCACUGAGCGAAGGAGAGGAGAUGCCGACAUCCUCCCAUAUCACGGCACAUGUUUUAUUUUAGUCAUCUUUGUUCUGUGAUCAUGUGCGGAGGUCAUUUCAUUUAGUCAUUUCCACUCCAAAGCCAGAGAGAAUGGUCCCGCUUCGCUGCUGGAGGCUGGUAUAGAGGAAGCAGUGCCACAGUCCAGUUUCAUCCUGGAUCACAAAACAUGGCAGCUGCUAAGAAAAGUGAUAAUUACAUAGUCUUUUGUUUUAGUCAUUUUUUUUUUGUAUCAGUGCCAUGGCCACUAACGGCACAUGUGAGCGUAGGGCUGGACGAUGAAGAAGAACAUUAUCAAUAUUUACCACUAUAUCUUUAGAUAUGCAAGAUCCAACAAUAAAAUGUCCAUCACAUGCUAUGAUCAUAUAAAUAUUGACAUGUUGUCCAGCUCUAUUUCAACUCUGCACAUGACUGCCAUACACACUUAAAUUAUGCACACGAGACCCAUACCACAGCUACAUGGAGGCCAAGAAUUCAGGUUCAGGUUUGGGAGAAUGUAACGCGUAUAUAUCAUGAUCCCUCAAUUAUGAAAGCAAGUCAAAGCACAUUUGUUUCCUUUCACUGAAUCAAUGCGAUGACUUUUAGAGUUAAAGGUGAUGACGGAUGAGGAAAAAGAUUUGUCUUAAAUCUGCACUGGGAACAACUUUUUAAAAGGUUACUCAAAGAAUGUGGUCGGAGAUUGUGUUUCCAGGGCCUAAAUACUGGUAUUUACCUCCUGAAUGUAUGUUAAUGUAAUGUAUGUUGAGGGGUCAGUCUCGUUUAUACAAAACUGCUCCAUGGACUAUUUAGGGAAACUGCUUCCCGUCUACAGCUCAUCUGAGACAGCGCUGUUCUUCAGUGUUUCCCUGAAGGAGGCGCGGCGAUCCUGUUUUUUUUAAGGAGGAACAUGGAAAAUAUACUUGACAUGACAAACAAAAAGAGCCAAGAAGAAAAAAAAAAAAUCUCGUGUCACGUUCAGGGCAGCACCACAGUCAUCGUGUGCACUGUGCCAAAUAACAAACACAACUUCAUUGUCUUAUCUAAAUGCAAUAGUGCCAUUCUGUCAUGACCACUCCCAUCUCAUGCAUCGUGUUGAGCGUCGAUCACUGUCAUGUGUUUCACAAAGCUAAUGUGACACUGAUGGAGAAUUUUCAAGACUGUUAGCUCAUAGCAAGAGGUUUCUGAACUGUGGUGGGGAGGGAAAAAAAAAACAACCCCUCUCAAUUGACUGUCAUUAAAGAUCACGACAGAAUACGGUGGGACGUUCACCUGCUGCGGAGAAGAAUGAGACAUACGAGUGCAACUCAGACUAGAUGGAGGUAGAUAAGCACCAACACUAAAAGCCUUUUGGUGACGUGCCAGUCAACCCACCUGAAACCGCUGUGGAGAACAGAUGAUAUCAGUGGAGUUUGGUUCAGUCCAGCUGUGCUGUGUAAUGAUGCAGAUGUGUACACACUCAGUACAACCUUCAGCUCAGCAGGUUACAUUUCUCACACACACAUACACACACACACACACACGGCUCCAUCGACUCUAGUCCAGUGUCAAUACGUUGGUAUAAUAAAAGCACAAGUAAUCAGGGUGUUGUAUACUUCCAGGUUUGCACAUUUCAGUACAAAUCGGAGCAUAUCCCCGAGCAAUGGAACUACUGAGAGGACAGACAGAGUGCUUUUUAGAAAUCAAUAAUCACAGGGACCAGUGCAGCCAUCGUGAACACACUUGCGCCCACAUUACGACUUUUGAGACUUACCAAGCAGAACUUUCCAAAGAUGUACGAAGCUGAUAGUGUUGUGAAAAUCCAAAUGAAAAACGAUCAAAUGGCCGUACGGUCAAUAUGUGUCUUAGAAUACGUCACUGUAUGGAUCAAGUAAACCUUCAGUAUGCUGAAUAUCCCAGUAUCACACACAAAUCCCACGUUUCCAACACUGAGCGGAUGUCCAAAUGCUAUGUCACUGCUCCAAGUGCUGCAAGUAGACGGAGUAAUUGCACAGUGUACUGUGCGACCAUGGUCAGUGUUUCCUCUAUUUUUUAAGUUGUUUUUUUUGUUGUUGUGUGUAUAUAAAAGUAUUUGUGCGUAAUAUUGUGUGUUUUUAAGGGACUUGUGCAAGAUGUGUUGUAGAGAUAGUCUUGAAACUAGAGAGUGAACACUGCUGAUACCUUUUCUCACAAUGCUUUCCUGCCUACUUGUACAUUUCAACUCAAACUCUCACCUCGCUCUCUGUUCAGAACCUGGACUGGUUUUUAUCAAGCGCAUCAAAGCAGACGUCUGUAUGUUCACACUGAAUUUACUGAAUAGUUUGAUACAGGACAAUGUCAGACAAAGCAAAGAUGAUAAAAGUACAGCAUUUUCACACGCACUGAUUGGGAGAUUAGGUGAGUAGGUGUUUUAGUGUUGGUAUCAAAGGCAUUUUACACUGAAUUAAAGUGAAGUCGUUGGCAUGAAAAAAUGGGCUCAAUCACUAUAUUGUCGGGAGCUAAAUGAAGAUUGACACCACUACCAUGCUAGCAUUUAGCUUAGCUUAGCACAAAGAGUAGAAACGUUAAGAAACUAUUGGCCUGACUGAAGGUUUAACAACAUUUGCACUCUGCCUCCCCAGAGUCUUGAGUCUAUUUACUGCUGUUUUGAAUCUUCAUGUAGGCUUCAACUGCAUGCUUACUUUACGUCAGGGUCUCUCAAUCCUGGUCCAAGGGGGGACCCGCUGCCCUCCAUGUUUUAGAGGUUUCCCUGCUCCAACACACCUGAUACAAAUAAAUGGGUCGUUAGCAGGCUUUCAUUUGUGUCAGGUGUGUUGGAGCAGGGAAACCUCUGAAACGUGCAGGGCAGUGCGUCCCCCCUUGGACCAGGAUUGAGGAACCCUGCUUUACAUGAAUGGUACUAAUCUUCUCAAAAUGAUAAACCUGUUCCUUUUAUUUCCGUCUGUGUACUUGUCAGUGAGGACUGGUCAAAUUAAUCAGAGUAUGACAAACGGAAGAAAAGUCUAAGUGAAAAGUCUCUAGAAGCUGAAUUCUCCUACUUUGAUGUGCUUGAUGGGGAACCUCACGACUUGGAAAUGAAAUGCCUUUUAGCUCCGCCUUUAGCCAUGUGCUAUACUGUACACUAUAUCCAGCAGUGACCUCACCAACGGGAAUGUGCUGAAUGGCGUGAUUGUAUUCCUCCGUGCGCUCACUCAACUCCACAACGCCAAACACGGGUCAACUUUAGAUGAACAGUUUCACCCACGCCGCCAUCAGAUUUACCAGGGAGCUUGUACAAGUCUGUCCUUGCUUGUGUCAAAAGUGAUGCUAUGCACAUAAGAAAACAUUUAGUAACAGUUCAGUGUUUAACGAUGAUAUUACUUUUUGAUCUAUAGUAUUGCUCAAUUUAUCGAUGCCAUCUGACCUUAAUAGUCAAUAACGCCUGAAGGGUAAAUACCGUGUCAUGAAAGUUGUGCAUAUUUAUUACUGAAUUGCUUUUUGUGGAAAGGC